UGUCGCUCUAACGUCCGUAAUACAUAAGAUUACAUCCUCGCAGCGUCACUGACUCAGCCACUCUCCACACCCCCGGGCACCCAACCCAACCCAAGAGCCAGACUUUCCAACACCUUAGUAUUUUCUCUCCUCUCGUUCAACUCCCCUUCGCCGCCUCUCCAUAACGCCGUGGCUACUUCCAAUCCCAUUCCGUAUCUUAUACAUAUUAUUGUGUUGUGAAGGCACGGGUCUCCACAAAACACGUCUCGAAUUCGCGGACCUAAGCUUCGGAGUGACGCCUCUGCCGCGACCAUCCGCCUUUUCUCCUCCUUAUCCUUAUCUUGCUCAUCAGCCACUUUCCCCUCUAUAUAUUCAUACCACGUUAUAUAUAUAUAUAUAUAUCCGUAGCCAAAGUCAUUCCCCUCUUCGUUCAUCCAAGGUCUCGAAUUCUGUGUCCAACUAGCAAAUACUUCCGGGAAACAUGCCUCUGGGAAUUCAUAAUCCGCUGCCCUCUUCUAUGAGGAGCGAAUGCAGAAAAGCUGGAAAAAUCCUUGCUUCUUUUGUCGAUCCCCGUCAAGCUUUCGGGCCAGAUAAGAUCAUUCCCCCUCAGAUAUUAGCAAAUGCAAAGGGUCUUGCGGUCCUUACCGUGAUAAAAGCGGGCUUUCUUGGCUCUGCGCGAUUCGGUUCAGGUAUUGUCGUUGCCCGUUUGGCAGAUAAUUCAUGGUCGGCUCCGUCCGCACUCGCCACAGCCGGGGCGGGAUUCGGUGGACAAAUAGGAUUUGAACUAACAGACUUUGUUUUCAUUUUAAAUGAUUACAAUGCCGUCCGGGCGUUCUCUCAGGCCGGUAGCAUAACAUUAGGAGGCAAUGUUUCAAUUGCAGCUGGACCCAUUGGGCGCAACGCCGAGGCUGCUGGAGCUGCGAGUAUGAAAGGGGUUGCUGGAGUUUUCUCAUAUUCCAAGACAAAAGGUCUUUUUGCGGGUGUAAGCCUGGAGGGUAGUGUACUAGUGGAGAGGAAGGAUGCAAAUGAACGGCUUUAUAAUUCCAAAGUUUCUGCCCGCCAGCUGCUUGAAGGAUCGAUCCGUCCGCCCCCUGCCGCAGACCCUCUCAUGCGCGUCCUCCAAUCACGUGCGUUCUCUGGGAACGUGGGUUCUGGUAAUGACUCAAUGUACAAUGAUAUCCCCAUAUAUGACGACUCGCACGACAGAGUGGUUUGGGAGGGAAGGCGAGGCGAAGCGAUGGGAGAGGGUGUGCGACGCGACCGCACCGGAUCCUUGAAUUCGCGAGAUGACUAUCAAUACCAUGAUCGACCAAGGCGUGCCAACACUUGGGCUGAUGACGUCUAUGACCGGCCACCUGGUAGUAGCGGUAGCAUAAACCGAUCCUACACUACACGGGCUAAUCCAAAAGAGACUUUUGAUAAUUAUAGCCGCGCCGAUGAAGAUGGCUAUUCGUACAGUGACAGGAGGCCGACACGUCCCACAGCCCCCAAGCCGGUGUUCUCCUCGAGACCAGCCGCCUCUUCGUUGCAGAAGAACCAGGCCGUGGCGCUGUUCACUUUCGAUGCUGACCAGGAAGGAGAUUUGGGAUUUAAAAAGGGCGAGGUCAUCACCAUCAUAAAAAAAACGGACAAGAAAGAGGACUGGUGGACAGGGCGAAUAGGUGAUAGAACCGGCAUCUUCCCUAGUAACUACGUGGACGCCUCCACUCUCUAACCCGGCGUUUUUUUGAUAAUGACCAACAUCCACCGCUCCUCCUGUCAACAGCAUCCGCCAACAGACGAUGUACUACCCAAGCAUGCUCUUUUACGCGCCCCAUCUCAUUUUGACCAUUCUUGCCCUUUUCACCAGUGAAUUACCAACGUCUAGCCAACAUCCCCAAGCGAAAAGACCGGCCUUACCGCCUCCCGUUUUACCCAUAUCAACUGUUAUAUAUACCCGUAGCCCUAUUUUUAGGAGUAUACUUACAUACAUGCCGAUCUCGAUUUCUUGGGUAUCUUUACUCUUUCGUUUUUUUUUUCUUCUCUUUUCUUUUCCCUUUUUUUUUUUUUUUUUUUUUUUUUUUUUUUUGAAAAUCUUCAGCGCUUCUUCGGUUUGGUAUAUUAUUGCUCAAUUUUGUUUUUCAUGUCUUCUUCAAAAUGGCGCCAACACCUCGUUUCUUGCAUUUUUCGUUUCUGUUUAGGCCCGGACGUCUGAGCUCAGCCCUCCCCCGUCCUUUCUUUUUUUUUUUUGUUUUUUAACCUCAAUCUAGCUCCAAACUUAACCAUUCCAUGGCAUAAAGAAGAUUCACUUGAUACGGUUUGAACAAAUUAUUAUCCAUUGCAGAGACAAGGCAAAGCACGAAUUAUGAAUAUUUUCCGCGGCGACAGCUAUCCCCUAGAAGCUUGACCAGCCAAUCUUUUGCACUGCCAGGCGGCGAGCUAUCAUACAGGCGGUCGGGGAAAUGCUUCAAUACAUGGUUAGCUCCCUACCGUCCUCAUUCCCCAGGUGCCCGGAUAUCUAUUACUCUCACUGUUAUGACGGGUGCAAUCCGACGAGUAUUUCUGGCGCUCAUCAGCGCUUCCUAGCCGCGAUUGGUAUGAUUUAGAAAGUCAGGCACUGUACAUCGGCCUUCCCGAUCCGGGUGAUUUCCCACGCACCUUGCGAUAUCCAAAUUUUCACAGCGUAGAACGUGCACACCCAUAUACGGCACAUUCAUUGUGCUAUAAUGUACAUGUAUGUAUGUAUGUACAUGUACAUGUACUUUCCCCAGCGUUAUGGCCCACAUAUGCCAACGCUCUAAUAAGAGAAACACGGGGGGUUAAUUCGUCCUGGGCAGAUCUUAAGAAAAAGAAAUGAGUAGUUGAUGUUCG